AUUAGAAGCAAACAUAAAAUAAAAUAGACAUUCUGGAUUUGCAUAUAAAAUUAUAGUAUUAUUGAUACAUAAAAGUGCAAAAAUAAACUUACAUUCUUUUGGAAAAGUUGUCAUAAUACAUCAAAAACUUGCUACUCUUUUUGUUCUUUGUAAGUCUAAGAGAUGAAACAAGAGAGGAGAUGUGUGUAGUUAAGAAGGGUUGGCCGGACGUGCCACGUCAUUCAGCGUGUAUCCAUCCAUUGGUCAAACACAAGCAUAUGCUGCUCCUUUUUCUUCCCGAUGGCAGUUUUACGCCUCAAACUGUAGAUAAUAUUUUGCCUGAUCAUCUUAACUAAGCUUAUACCUUCGAGAAACACUUUUAUGUUUGUCAUAUGCAUCUUUAAAGGCUUUGCAAUCGUUUCUAGCAGUCGUUCCCUUUGUGUUUGUUUCUUUUGCAUCACUUUUCGAGACAAUGGAGUCUCUCCGUCAUCAGCGCUUACAGCCCGGUAUCGGAUACGGAGCGAGCGCGACCGGGACUCUCCGGUCCCUGCGGCCCGGUGUAACUGGGACUCUUUCCUCGGCACAGGGUUCCCGCGUCUCGGUGUCUGCGUCCCCGGGGCCGCCGCCACCACCGCCGCCCCUCCAGCUCCACAGCCUCGGGUCCGGUAUCAUGGGCAGCGGGUUCGGUUCGGUGGACAUGUCCGCGGGUCUGGGUCUGUCCAACCCCACCAACCCCGCGGUUCUGAGAGAGGCAGUGGACGCGGUGGUCCGGAGCUUUGCCAAACACACGCAAGGAUACGGCAGGGUGAAUGUCGUGGAGGCCUUGCAGGAGUUCUGGCAGAUGAAGCAGUCUCGAGGUGCUGACCUGAGGAACGGGGCUCUUGUGGUCUAUGAGAUGGUCCCAUCCAAUAACCCCCCUUACGUCUGCUACGUCAGUCUCCCCGGGGGAAGUUGCUUCGGGAGUUUUCAGUUCUGCCCGACCAAAGCUGAAGCAAGACGGAGUGCGGCCAAAAUUGCCCUAAUGAAUUCUGUUUUCAAUGAGCAUCCAUCUCGACGCAUCACAGAUGAGUUCAUAGAGAAGAGUGUGUGUGAGGCUCUAUCCUCUUUUAAUGGAAACCGAGAAGAAGCUGAUAAUCCUAGUACAGGCAUCGGUGCUUUUCGGUUCAUGUUAGAGUCUAACAAGGGGAAAUCUAUGCUAGAGUUCCAGGAACUGAUGACAGUUUUCCAGCUUCUCCAUUGGAAUGGAAGUCUCAAAGCCAUGAGAGAAAGGCAAUGCUCUCGUCAGGAAGUGCUGGCUCAUUACUCCCACCGAGCGCUAGAUGAUGACAUGCGUACACAAAUGGCUGCCGACUGGGUCAGUCGAGAACACACUUUAUCUGGUACCAUCAAUCGAGAGAUGGCAGCCACCGAGCGCGAGCUGGAAGAGGCUCGUCUGGCAGGACGGGAGCUGCGCUUUUAUAAGGAAAGGAAAGACAUUCUGCUAAUGGCAGUGGGGCAGCUAGGUGGGUCAAACACUACAACUCUGCCCUGCACAUGCUGAAGAGCAUGAAGACGUGUCAGACGUGGCGUAUGAUUGUACCAGAUAGCACUCCAAAACUCAAAACGGUCUUUUUUAACUUGUGUAUGUGUGUUUGUGUGGGAGGAGUAGUCAAAGAAUCAGCAUUUUGAAUAAUUUCACAGACAAAAAUGGUGAAUGUUUUAUACGUUUCUGUCUUUUUGAUCUGAACAUGUAAGGCAUUUUAAACUUGAACAGAAUUAAGCGCUAUAUUGCUAUCAUUACUAUACCAGUAUUAUCCUCCAGUGUUAUCGGUUGACUGUACUGGCACAUGGACCUAAUAUGUCGGGGAAAUCACAUUUUGAGGCCUUGUUUGCAUUGUACUACUCAUGAAUCCUAUUACACAUGGGCACUUAUUUCCUUUGCUAAUUCGCCAAAUCACUGCCUAUUUACUUUUCCUAGGAGAUACAGUUAUGUGGUCAAGUCACCUUUAUUUAUGUUGUGCUUUUUACAGUACAGGUUGAUCACAGCAAUAUUGUAUCAAUAUUCUGCAUUUACAUUCACAUAAUAGCCUUGCUCAUUUAUUUGCUACACAUGUGCUUUUGGGGAAUACACAAACCUUUGCUUUGUAAUGGUAAUCUUAAGUAUGUUUAACUCAACUUUUCCACAAGAGCCAGUGGCAUUAGCAUAGAUGUUUGCUAAGGGAACAACCACAAAAUAUUUGCAUAGUACCAAGGUCAGAUUUUCUCACACACUGUCAUUGGCGAGAAAUCCCAGCACAGGAAACAUAGCAAGGCCAUUUCCUCCAGCCUUCUGACAUAGAAAAACUGAAUCUGUGCACUCAUUAUAAUGCCUUCUGUUACUUUUGUGAUUGUAGAGCAAUCAUGCUCAUUCACAGCAACAUUUAAUGUCUACCUCCUCUCUGAAAGCUUUUGUGAACAUUUAUAUGCAUACAAGUGCGGAUGGGAUUUGUGUUCGAGGAAUAGUCCACAAAAAAAAUCAGAGAGUUUUUUUCUCUUCAUCAAAACAGUUUUGGAGAAAUUAAACAAUACAUCACUUGUUCACCAAUGGAUGCUCUGCAGUGUAUGGGUGCCGUCAGAUUGAGAGUCAAAAGAGCUGAUGAAAACAUCACAGUAAACCACAAAUAAUCCACAAUGUCCAUAAUAUCGGCUUCUCCAGUGAAAUGAAUCUUGUCUGAAUCAGAAGAUAAAUAUGCACAAAUCAAGCACAGUUUACAAGUAAUAACAGUCCAAAACAGCUCUAAACAAAUGUGUCAGAGACAACAGGAGAUGGAAUUUUUUUUUUCUGAGGAAACUUGAUUAUGGAACCGUAUUUUGGUCGAAAGCAACAAUUUAAAGUUAAAACACUGUAAUGAUGGUUUUGUUUCUUACAAACAUGCAGUUUGUCACUUCACAAGACGUUAACUAAUGGACUGAAUUAACUGUGGAUUAUUGUGAUGUUUUUAGCAGCUGUUCGGACUCCCAUUCUGAAGGCACCCAUUCACUGCAUUAGUGAGCAAGUGAUGCAAUGUUAAUCUUCUCUAAAUCUGUUCUGUUGAAGAAAUAAGUUCAUAAAUAUCAUGGACGUCCUGGGCGAGAAUAAAUUCUCAGCAAAUUAGCAUUUUUGAGAGAACUAGUACUUCAAGAUAAGCAAUGCUUUCCAAUAGGAUGCUUGAUUCAGUGCCACAGGAAAAACACAUAUAUUGCGUCUUAUAGACACACUUGUUGCUUUCCCAAUUCAAAAUGGUCCUUAUAGCCUGUACAUUUGUCAUAAAUAUACAAUAUUUUAAAAUGUAAUCACAUUCUUAUUCCAUCAUUAUAAAUUACUGCAUUAUAACUGAUCAUAAUGCGUUACUGUGUGUAGAGAUGUUGUAAACUUGAGUGUUAAUAUUUAUCCCGGUCACAUGUUUCAGUAUUAGGGGCUAUGACAUCAUGUCAGUUACCUUUCAGAUAAUUUUAGAUCAACAGAAAUGCCGAAGUAUCUCUGCUUUCUCAUUGAACUGAAUUAGGACUAGCUGCUAAAACGUGAUGCUAGUUUAUCACAGUGCUUAUUAAAGUAGGAUGUACAUGGUGAGAAACAUCAAUGAUUGCCAUUAGCCAGAUAGAUCUGAAAAUGUACAUUUAAGGGUUAAUGGUAAACUCUUGUUUUCCAUUGUUUUGGUGCAGUUGUGGUCUUUAACAUCAUAGUUUACCUGCAGAACUGUCUUAAUAAUUCAGUUAAAGGCCUGGUAGUUAAUAGUCUGGUAUUAUAUAAAAAAAAACAUAGUAAUAUAGACAGACUGUAUUACAGCUCAGUACAUUACAAAAGAAAUAAGGAAGUUUAUUUCACUAAACUAGUAUAAAGCCACAGGGAUAGUCAAAAUAGAGAUGUCACUGAUAAUCUAAAGCCCCCUUUCUUUACACUUUCAUAAUAAGCAAGAUUACUACAAAAUAUUAUUUAUUCAUUUGAGACAUAUAUUUUGUGAAAUGACAAUUAAUUUUUUUUAAAGACUUCCAUUUUAACAGUACGAUAUGUAGUUUAAAUUUCAGUGUAAUUAUCACAUUUAUGAAAACAAUUUCUGAGUGUUCUCUCAAUGUAAUUUUUACAAGACCUUUAUUGUUUGUAUUUGUUUGUAUUCGUAUCCUUUGCAAAUGAAGUGUAUUGACAUGUAAACUGCAUUGCAUAUACAUACUUUUAUACAA